GCGCAAAAACCGCUCGAAUCCGUUGCGGAACAUCGAAAUCGGUUCUACAGGAUGUUAGUAAAAACUGAGCGAGUGGGUUCGGUGUCCGAUGGGGAUUUGCAAUGCGCCUGCCACGUUUCAGCGAGCGAUGAACAUGACGUUCCAGAACUUCGUCAACAAGACACGGCUGACGCAAGGAAUGAUUAACUUCUGCGUGAUCAUGUACAUGGACGACAUCUUGGUCUAUUCGGAGACCUAUCACGGACAUGCGCAACACAUCGAAUGGACAUUGAGUGCAUUAAGAGACGCUGGGUUCAAGAUUGCGCUUGAGAAGAGCGAAUUUUUCCUCUCGGAAAUUUCGUUCUUAGGAUAUGUUGUGACACGUGGAGGAUUGCGGCCAGACUCGAGAAAAGUUGCGGCGGUCAAGGAAGCUCCGGUUCCCACGUCACUGACGCAGGUUCGAGCCUUCUUGGGAUUGGCGUCGUAUUACCGACGUUUCAUCAAGGGCUUUGCCGCGAUUGCACGACCACUAACGAAUCUGUUACGAAAGGACCAGCCUCUCAGCUGGGACGCGGAGUGCCAGCAGGCUUUUGCAACCCUCAAGAACGCUCUGGCAAUGGCCUCUAUUUUGAUUCGACCGGACCCCUUGAAGCAGUUCAUUCUCAUCACGGACUGGCAACCCGAAGCUAUCUUCGCUAUUUUAGCACAGAAGGGGAACGAUGGUCGCAAACAAGUCAUCGAGUACGCGUCGCGCACCUGGUCGGCUUGCGUAGAAGGAGCCGCGGAACGCAUCCCGCCGUCGCAGCGACAACAUUUGGAUCCCCGGGCGAUUCGCGACCCUGCCUUCUUCAGGCAGCCUACGGCGGAACAGUUUGCUGCCAUUCGGGAAGAAGAGGAGGAGGAGGAGAGUACCGAGAGCAACGAAAACGAAGGCGGGCUGGAAGAAAGCGGAGGUAGCGAAGAAGUAUCCGGAGAAAACGAAACCCCCGAAGAAGGAAGUUAUAGCGAGCACAGUGAGAGGGAACAAAGCGAAGAAAAAGAAGAGGACGAGGAGGAAGACGAAGGGCACGAAGAAGAAUCUGUCGGAUCAGAGUGGAAAGUCGUGCCGGGAGAAGCGCUGCGCACAGGUACAGAAGCAGAGGACCCCGAGGCAGCUCGUAAAAGAGAGGAGAUCGCGGUCAGGAAGACGGAGUUAAAACUCGCAGGCGCGGCGAGUCUGCAGAUCUACGACGACCCGAACCGAGAUCCGGAGCCGCCCCGACCUGAAGAUGGCAACCUCGAGGCCACGACUCCGGCCCCAUCAGCACGGCGACGAAGCCGAUCCCCAUCCUCCCCAACCCGUCCCCCAGUUCGCCGACGUACCGAUACGGGCGAUCGGCCAUCGUCCCCGAUCGCUCUCUCGCCGUCCCCUUGACUACCUCAUCCUUCGCCAGCUCACCACCCCCGUCACGUUCCCCUCCAAUCCGUUCCCCCGCAGUACCUUCCGCCACUUC